AUGAAUCCAGGAGUCGGUGUUCCAUUCGCAUUAUUAAAUGCUCAAAACAUCCCAUCUGCUGCUAACUCCCACCAACACCACGUACUCGCAAUCACCAGAAAUUUUCGACGUGCUCGUGCACGAGAUUUAGUUUCUUUUCGAGCAACAAAUCGAGCAUUAGCAAAUCGUAAUAAGACAUUGACGACGUUACGGGAACAGGACCAGCACGAUCUUGUUCAAUCAACUAUUGAUUCUAUUAUUAAAGAAAUCGAAUAUAAUGAAACAAUUAAAGAUUAUGAUGAAGAAGUUCAAGAUUAUGACGUAAUAAUUCAAGAACAUAGUCAAAAAUUUCAAGAUCAUGAUAAAAAAAUUGAAGAUUAUAAGCAAGAAUUCAAUCAAAUAAAAGAACAAUUUCUUCAAUAUGAAGUUCAACAAUCAAUUGAUAACAUCAUCAAUAGCAUAACAGAAAAUCAUUCAAGCACAACUUUUGAUCGUAAACAAAUUUGCCAGGUGAGAGAAUCUAAAAUCUGA